AUGACUGGACUAACCUGUCCCUGUGACAGGGGCUGGUUCCUUGCCGUGCGGUCCGAAGCACACAAUGGGGAUCUUACAGUUAGACCCACAUGUAAGCCUGGCUUUUCAGAAGAAGACUACACAGCAUUUGUCUCCCAAAACAUCAUGGAAGGGCAGAAGUUACUCAAAGUAAAAUUUAAUAACUGUGCCGGUAACAAGGGAGUUCGGUAUGAAACCAACAGCCUGGACUUCAAGGUGAGAGCGGAUGGGACCAUGUAUGCUGCCCACCACGUGCAAAUGCCCUCAAAGCAGCUGAUCCUGAUGGUGACUGCGUGGGAUCCCCAGAUCCUGGGCAGAUGGGAGGCAAUUGUCAGGUUUCUGGUGACAGAGAAGUCGCAACAUAGCGGACACAAGCCGAAAGGAAGGAAGACCGUGCCCGGAGAACUGGUGCAGCAGCAAAGCGACACGCUGCUCCCAUGGCGCCAGCAUCAGAGCGCUAAUGGCCUGCGGCGGCAAAAGCGAGACUGGGUCAUCCCACCAAUCAAUGUGCCAGAAAACUCCAGAGGACCCUUUCCGCAGCAGCUGGUUCGGAUUCGUUCUGAUAAAGACAAAGAGAUCCAUAUCAGAUACAGCAUCACUGGAGUGGGAGCCGACCAGCCGCCGAUGGAAGUCUUCAGCAUUGACCCUGUAUCUGGCAGGAUGUAUGUGACUCGCCCGAUGGACAGAGAAGAAAGAGCUUCCUACCACCUCCGGGCUCAUGCGGUGGAUAUGAAUGGAAACAAGGUGGAGAAUCCUAUUGACCUUUACAUCUAUGUGAUUGAUAUGAAUGACAACAGACCGGAGUUUAUAAACCAAGUCUAUAAUGGAUCUGUUGAUGAAGGCUCUAAACCAGGUACCUAUGUGAUGACGGUGACAGCAAAUGAUGCAGAUGAUAGCACUACAGCGAACGGGAUGGUGAGAUACCGAAUCGUGACUCAGACCCCACAGAGCCCAUCGCAAAAUAUGUUUACUAUUAACAGCGAGACGGGAGACAUUGUCACUGUGGCUGCUGGACUUGACAGAGAGAAAGUUCAGCAGUAUAUAGUCAUUGUUCAAGCCACAGAUAUGGAAGGAAAUCUUAACUAUGGUCUCUCAAACACAGCAACAGCGAUCAUUACGGUGACAGAUGUGAAUGACAACCCACCCGAAUUCACUACCAGCACUUAUUCAGGAGAAGUUCCUGAGAACAGAGUGGAGGUUGUGGUGGCAAAUCUGACGGUGAUGGACCGGGACCAGCCUCACUCCCCCAACUGGAAUGCCAUCUACCGUAUUAUCAGCGGAGACCCCUCUGGCCAUUUCACCAUCCGGACAGACCCCAUAACCAACGAAGGCAUGGUAACCGUCGUGAAGGCAGUCGAUUACGAGAUGAACAGAGCUUUCAUGCUGACAGUGAUGGUAUCAAACCAAGCUCCCCUGGCCAGUGGCAUCCAGAUGUCCUUCCAGUCAACAGCAGGAGUCACCAUUUCAGUCACAGAUGUCAACGAAGCACCGUAUUUCCCAACGAACCACAAGUUAAUCAGGCUGGAGGAAGGGGUGCCUACGGGGACAGUCCUGACGACAUUUUCAGCGGUGGAUCCUGAUCGCUUCAUGCAGCAGGCAGUAAGAUACUCUAAGCUGUCAGAUCCUGCAAACUGGCUGAACAUUAAUGCCACAAAUGGUCAGAUCACUACUGCUGCUGUCCUUGAUCGAGAGUCAGACUACAUUAAGAAUAAUGUCUACGAGGCCACAUUCUUGGCGGCUGACAACGGUAUACCCCCCGCAAGCGGCACUGGCACUCUGCAGAUCUACCUAAUCGACAUCAACGAUAAUGCUCCUGAGCUCCUGCCAAAGGAGGCACAGAUCUGUGAAAAGCCAAACCUGAAUGUCAUCAACAUAACAGCCGCGGAUGCUGACAUUGAUCCAAACGUUGGGCCCUUUGUCUUCGAGCUGCCAAGUGUGCCAUCUGCGGUGAGGAAGAACUGGACCAUAACACGGCUGAAUGGCGAUUACGCCCAGCUUAGUUUACGAAUCAUGUACCUGGAAGCGGGUGUGUAUGAUGUGCCGAUCGUCGUGACGGACUCAGGAAACCCCCCCUUGUACAACACAUCCAUUAUCAAAGUGAAGGUGUGCCCGUGCGACGAGAAUGGCGACUGCACCACCAUCGGGGCGGUGGCUGCAGCGGGGCUGGGCACGGGCGCCAUCAUCGCCAUCUUGAUCUGCAUCAUUAUUUUACUAACCAUGGUUCUGCUGUUCGUGGUGUGGAUGAAACGCCGGGAGAAGGAGCGCCAUACCAAGCAGCUCCUCAUCGACCCCGAGGACGACGUCAGGGACAAUAUUCUGAAGUACGACGAAGAAGGAGGUGGAGAGGAAGACCAGGAUUACGAUUUAAGCCAGCUCCAGCAGCCAGAGACCAUGGAUCACGUGCUGAACAAGACACCUGGAGUCAGAAGGGUGGAUGAAAGACCUAUUGGUGCUGAACCACAGUAUCCUGUAAGACCAGUAAUCCCACAUCCAGGGGAUAUUGGUGACUUUAUUAAUGAGGGCCUGCGUGCGGCGGACAACGACCCCACGGCCCCCCCCUACGAUUCCCUGCUGGUCUUCGACUACGAGGGCAGCGGCUCCACCGCCGGCUCCGUCAGUUCCCUCAAUUCCUCCAGCUCCGGGGACCAGGACUACGACUACCUUAACGACUGGGGGCCCAGGUUCAAGAAACUGGCGGACAUGUACGGGGGAGGCGAGGAAGAUUAAACUGACCUCACGUUAUUUAAAAAAAAAAAAAAAAAAGAAG